GUAUCGGCGACUAUAUGAGCGGUUGAUGGUGUUGUUGAUAUUGUUUUUGAUUUUAUUUUUGCAAAUAAUAUUUUUCCUUUAAGAUAAUCAGAUAAUGGGUCGAGUUCAUCGGCCUAUAUGUGCAAUUAAAUGAGCUAUGAUCAAAUUAUAUUGAAAUUCACCUACCUGAAUGCAUAAAAUUAAGAAAAAAACAAUGUAAACGAAUAUGAUUUUCAUUGAUAACAAUUGAUAACUUAAUAAUAUUUGAUGAAAAGACUAGUGAUGAAUAGAUGAUGAAACUAAAUGUGUGAGAAUAUUUACAAUCAUUAUAUAUAUAUAUAUGCGUGUAUGUGUGUUACAAUAGAGAAGGAUCAAACUCUAUUGAACAUGUCGCUGUUGUUCUUUUUUUUGUUGUCAAUUAGUGACAUGCGAUUGCAUUGCAAUUAGCGUAUGUAUCAUCAAAGUAUUAUUUUGAAGGAGAAUAACUGUUAUUUUUAUAGAAGUUUAUUGUUUUGACUGAUGUUCUUUUCUUUCUAUCAGAAAAAUAAAAAAGAGAUCCCGACAUUGAUUGAGCAAGAUAACAUCAUAAUGAUCAAUUUCAUUGGAAUUUAAUUAUUAUAUUAUAUCAAGAAGUGAUUCUUUUUCUCAAAUGAAUUAACUAUGUAUUUCAAACAAAACAGAGAGAUUGAGUUGGAGAAAAUGAAAAGUCUUCAAAAAUAAAUGAAAACUGUCGAGAGGCAACAAGCAUCACACAUGAUGACUCAAACUCAUUGCGAAUUAGCUCAGCUAAUCGAGACUCAAACGAUUGAAAUGAUUUUUAACUGAGUUAUGAAUGAUUUAACUCAACAUUUUGCCCUUGAUUUGAAAUAAAAUUACAGAAAUACAAACUUUAAUUUUUCAUAUAAAAUUUUUCAUUAACCUAGCUAGUGUAGAUAUAUAACAAGAUCGUACAAAAUGCGAACAUUAUCUUAAGUUAUUUAUUCAAGAUUUUCAUCUAGAAAAAUUUAUAAAAUUUGAGGUGUUAUUGAUUCUUGCUUCGAGGCUUUUCUAUUCUUAAUAUUUUAUAUCUAAUCAUAUGUCGAUCUGUUUUUUUAAUAUCUAAAUUAACUUAAUAGGUCUUUAACGCUUCAAUGCUUUCUCAUUAUACAUGUACAUAAUAGCCGAUGAAAAUUGGAAAAAGGUUAACAAGAAUUCAUUUCAUUUCAAUUCAUAUUUGUUACGUUUAGUUACUAUCAAAACAUUGCUAUUAUGAUAAUCAUGUUCAUUCUUUCUAUUUGCACUCUAUUGUCGUUACUUUUUCGUCCGGUUGUUAAAGUUAAUCAAAGAAUUCUUUUACAAACAGAAGGAUAGUCCUAGAUCUAUUUUCUUGUCUCCCAUUCAUUUUCUUCUUGUCUAUCUCUGAUCUUGUGUUACUCUUUUCUCUAUUUUUUACAGAAGGAGAAAAAGAAGAACUCAUAGAGAAACUUUUCUGGUUGCUUUCCACUUGAUUUAUGUUUUUUUGCUCAGUCAAGAAUAUCAUUUAUUUAGAUAUCUUACAUUUACAAUUUUGUGAAAUCGCUGAAUAAUCCUUUAAUCAAAAUAUUAAUAUAUUCCUUAUUUGAAUUACUAUUAGUAUUAAAUAACAUAACCAAAACCAAAAAAAUUCAACGUAAGGGAAGUGAGCACAAGAUUCGAGUUUUUCCAGCCGCGAUUCGCACUAACAUCUGUGUUAACUCAAAAACAACUUGUGUUCAAUCCAGAAUACCAAGCUCUAUCGAAUAUCACAUUUUCCGAAUGCCUUACCGUCGAAGAAACACACCUAUCAACGCAACUACCACUUUUUCCCUAGCAACCGCUUCACCAAAAAAUACAAUUCUAGCCCCGAUUCGCUCAACGACUUGUGUUGACUCUGAAAAAGGUUGUGUUACAUGCAGAAUUUCGGGCUCUAUCUAAGGAUGCCUCUAUCAAAGGUUCUCAUCGGGUAAAAAUCGUGGUUUUCGAGGCAAACGUGGUCCCAAUGAGAUUUUCUACCAGUAACUUCAGCCCCGAUUCGCUCAACGACUUGUGUUGAGUGUAGAAGAGAUUGUGAUUGGGGCAGAGUUUCGAGCUGUAUGGAAUGGUGCCACUGUGAAGCAUCGUCAUUUCGCAAAUGGGGAAGUGGUUAUAAGGCCGAUACUGGUCCCGUUGUGACUUUCUAGCGGUAAGCCCAGCCCGGAGACGCGUAACCGCCUUUGUUGAAUAUGGUACAGUUUGUGUUCGAUGUAGAAGUUCGAGUUGUAUGGAACAUCAGCAGUCAGAAGGAUUUUGAUCACGGUAGGAAUCAUGGUUAUUUGCUAAGACGGCUCAUUGUUUAGGGUUUUGGCGUAUAAUUAUCGUCUGGAUGACUGGGAUGAAGUAUGGUUUGUGGUUUUAUAGGAUAGAGAGAAGAAAAGCGAGCGUUGCGUUGAGCAAAAUUUUUGACUUUGUAAAUGGGUAAUUUGUGCAUUUGGAAGGAUGAUUUUUGAAGUUUGUGGCAUUGUAUUAUAGUUUGAUGUCAUAUUUUGUUGACUUUUUGAGAAUGCAUCGAAGAAGAAUAUCGCAUUGAUAAUACAUUGAGUUGAAGGAAGUUUGGUUUCACAAUAAUUGAUGAAGGCCUAAUGCUUCGGAUAUGGACUCGUUAUGUAUUGCUCUAAAAGCUCUUCGGAGUAGAUUGUGCGUUUGAUAGUGUUUAGAUUGUGCACAAUCAUAUGAUAGAAUCUUAAUACAGAAAAUGCACGAAUCUGGAUGACUGAACGGAUAGAAAGCUCUUUCACUGAUAUUACUUUGUAGAUUUGAGUUGUGAGUCUCGGGGUCAUGUCUGUGAACUCCACUAUUGAUGUUUAAAUUUCGUUCAUAAUUGUAAAUUUAUAUAAUAUUAAUAAGUUCGUGUUUUUUAAGGCGUUUGAUUUUUGGUCCAAUCUUUAAUUUAGGAUAUAUGUUUAUCUGUAUAGCGGACCUGGCUCUGCUUAACAAAACGAAGUUAUUGCUUGUACUGUAGCGAAAGCAUUGGAAAAAAAGAACUAAGUUCAAUCGGUGAUAGAACAAGCUCUUAUAAAAUACCUGGUCGUUCGUAAACAAAAUUUCCCGCAGCACCAUCGGCAACUCUUUCAUCAACUGGUUUACUUGAUGAACGUCGGCGUUCACAAUUGAAUCAUCUUCGUCCUGAAUUACAAAUAAUUUUGCAUAAUUAUAUUGAAUCUUCGCCACCAAAAUACGAACUAUUUCGGAACAUUCAAAAGAAACGGAAAAAGUUACUCAUAAAACUUUAGUGCCAUAUAGGCCCCACAAACCGUUUUUAUAUCAGUAAAUUCGUAAUCACUUCAAAAUUGAAUGUGAGCAAGCAUUUUAUCUUAUUGAUCCGAUGAUUGAUGUAACAAAAGAUAUAUUCGAUCAUUCUGAUAUAGGAAAGAUAAAUGAAAAAACUUAAUCUUUAUAUAUUUAAUUCAAAUAUAUCAGAAACAGAAAAUUUUUGUAACAAUCAAACAGGUGUAUAAAUAAUGGAAGAAUAUAAUGCACUAAGAUUAAAUUAACUAUCGUGGUUACAACAAUAUUUAAUUAGUAAUUAAACGAAAGAAAAAAUAUUAGUACGAAAACAAAAAGAAUGAAUAAAAUAGAAUUUACGUCGUAGAUUACACAAACUUUCAACAAAUGCUAGAUACCAACAUGGAAUGAAUUAACAUUACAAUUACAUCGAGAAUAUUUUAAAGCACAUGAUUCAUGUCAAGAUUCAGUUGAAUUAAUGAGACAAACACAAAAGCAAGGUCUAUUUCAAUUACAAGCAGCACCUGAUGAUGAUAAACGACUUUUAUCGGUUUUAAUAACUAAUCAUGCGAAAAAAGUUUAA